UCGCGAUUGCCGUGGAUGCCGUGCCAGAUUUUUAAACUGUCAAAAAAUUUGCCACGGCGGCCACGUUGCAGAUGUGAAACUUAGUAGGUCGUAGUAAAACGGAAUAAACGCAACAAAACGCGACAGCACGUAAUAGACCGUAACAGAACUUGGAGGCAGUCCGUAGUGGGACGGGAGAAUGUAUAUUUCCAUUCAUCUCACGGUCCAUUCACGUUUUGAGACGUUUUGCUGAGUUUAGUCCGCGUUCUGUCACGGCUAGUUCACGGUUGUUGUCCGUUUUAUCACGUUCUGCCACGUUUCAUCACGGUCCUCACGGCAAACUAGGGUGUAUGGUAGCCGUUUCCUCGCGUUCAAUCGCGGUUCGUCCCGGCAUGUUACGGUUUAUGGUCCCGGUGCGUUGCGUUCUACUACGGUCUGACACGGCGCACGCGGUCUGAGAGGAAGCAUAUAAAAGCCGGGCACUGCAGAGAAGUUUCAUUCGAGUCUGAACAACUGAGAAGUUAACAACUCAUGCUAUGCCACCGAAGAAAAGAGGUAGGAAAGCAGCCGGUCUUCCAAAAUUACCAGUUGAGGUGGAGCAGCCUGAACAUGCUAAUAAUGAUUUAGCGCCGCCAAAUGAAGAGGAGCGUGUUGCAGCUGUUGAUCCGGUACCUGAUCAAGAAAUUGAACCAGAGUCGGAGGAAGCCGAAGGAGACGCACCCACGAGGAAGAGGGCAGCCCCCAGGCUUGUCACCUCAUUUUCGGAGGAUGAGAAGGAGCUGAUCAUUGACUUCCUACAGCAAAAUCCCACACUGUACUCCAAAAGACUGGCUGGUUACAAGGACUCGGCAGCGAAAGACAGGCUGUGGACAGAGCAGGCAAGAAAGAUGGAACGUAUGCCCAUGGAACUAAAGACCUGGUACGACAGCAUGCGUACCAAGCUCGGAAAGCUGAAGAAAGCAGUCACCAAGUCCGGGCAAGCUGCAGAACCCUUCACUGCAACCGAACUGUGGAUAUGGCAGCGCUUCCAGUUCCUGUUAGAGCACAUCACUCAGAUGCCCAGAAGGACCAUGGCGAGCUUCACUGCCCGACUUCAACCUGCUGCUGAUGCUACUAUAGCUCCCCCUGUUGGGGCUUCUUCUGAAGCUUCGGAAGACGACCCAACUGAUACCCCUACACCACCUGCUUGCAAAUACGUUGUCUACAGCCCCAGGCAAAACGGACCGCAUGAUCGGCCUCCUGGAAACCUUCCUGGAGAAUCGGCAGAGUCAGGCGCUACCAACUACUGCCUUUGGUUCCUACGUUAA